GUCUCCUCCCUUCUGGAAACAGCCUUUUUCUCUCUCCUUCUUGUCUUAAAUCUCAAAGUACGAAACUAUGGCCUCAAAGUCCAUCGUCGUUUUCCUCCUCCUCGCUCUCAUAGUUUCCUCCGCCAUAGCUCAGGCUCCGGGACCAUCUCCGACAAGGUCUCCUCUUCCAGCCACUCCUCCAAUUUCUCAGCCUCCGAGAACCGCCGCACCAACUCCCUCACGCGCCACCACUCCUCCGCCUUCCGUCACUCCCACGGCAGCUCCUACUUCUCCUCCGGCUGGCUCACCGACACCGACCUCAACCGUCGCUUCACCGCCGGCUCCUCCGACCUCGCUUACACCCGAUGGAGCUCCUGACGCAAAUUCCCCUACUGGCCCGAGUGGAUCUACUCCUAACGACGCCGCUGCACUCUCCGCCGGAUCUUUCUUAGGAUUCCUAUUCGUGGCCGCUUUGUUGGUUUAAUUUGGUGUUUAGAUUAUGUAUUAAUAAUUCGAGAGUUUAGCGAUGGACGGUAGAUAUUCGAUCUGUGGUGGUUUUUAAUAGUUUGUUUAGAGAUUUAUUUGUGGUUUUAUGAUGAUCUCUAAUACCUUUAAACACCUUAUGUUAUAUCGUUUGUUAUUAUUACUCAUGGUUUAGUUAACACAUUUAUCUGCUUU